AAUUUCCUCCCCAUUCCGUGUUUUGACCGGGAGCGAAGCUGUGAACGAUAGCCAAUGAGGCGUCGGUGUGGGCGGGCCCAGCAUGAGAACGCACUCCUGAUUGGUCAGCGGUGCUUGGCAAAUGGCGGAGGCGCUGAGGCGGGUGCUGGAUGCAGGCCGCGCGGCCCGGCCCGGCGGGGACGGAGCUGCCGGGCCGCCACUGCUGCUGCUAGGCGCUCCGCGUUCCGCGCAGACGUCGCUGCUGUUUGCGGCGGCCCUCGAAGCAGCGGGGGAAGGCCGCGGGCCUGUGCUCUUCCUCACACGAAGGCCGCUCCAGAGCCUGCCGCUCAACACACCCGCGGCGCGGGACCACUGGCGGCUCCAGAAGGUCCGAUUCCAGUACCCAUCCUCAGUUCCAGAGCUUCUCCAGCUGCUAGCCUCUGCCCACGAGGCCCCAGGGCCUGCGCCAUCCCUUCUGCUGUUGGACGGCCUGGAAGAAUACGUAACUGAGGAUUCGGGGGCCCAGGAGGCCGCCUACGUGGCUGCAUUGCUUCUGGAUACUGCUGCCCACUUUAGCCACCGUCUUGGAGCCAGUGGCAGCUGUGGGCUUGUGGUGGCCCUUGAGACCCAAAAAGAAGGAGACGGUGAUGCGCCACAUCUGACAUUGCUUCAGCGGUAUUUUCCUGCACGGUGCUGGCUGCAGCCAGAUGCCCCGGGCUUGGGACGGCAGCACUGCCUUCGAGCCAGCCUGGAGUCAGGCCAACUGAGCCCCAGGAUGGAGUGGUCAGUGACCUUCUUACCCAAUGGAGAGAUGACGAUCACCCCCUGGCCUACACAGGCUUCUAAGCCCAGCCCAGAUAAAAAAGGUCCAAGUGCUGGAAGCCAGUCGUUAACUUUGGUGUGUGACAACCUGUGAUCCUGGCUUUGAUUCCCAGGAUCCACAUGGUAGAAAUCCAGACCUGACUCCU